GCAUCGCAAAGUGAAAAGCGCAGUUAUGUCUCGGAAAGUAACAUGGCCGAAGACAGUUUUUUCUAUAUAGUUACAGUGACAUAAUAUCGUAAAACAAAUAGCCUACGGAACGCGUGAUAUAACUCAAAAUCGAUUAAGCUUGAAGAAUUACGUUGGAUCGCAACAAGUACGUUAUUAAACUGUUUUUGUAAUCUUGUUUCGUUUCGAGAAGAAUAAACGCGCCGAGGGAAGGGAGCUGUGGAGAGUUCACACUCAGGGUAGGUCGAAUCAUCGUUAGAGAGAAAGAAAGAGAGAGAAGAAUAUAUAACGGAUACGUCCGAGCGCACAAGCAUGUCGGAAAGUGAAGCUGUCGCAUCUCAACAGACGCAACAGCCAUUUCAGCAGCAACAUCACCAUCACAACAACGCUAAUCAGAUGACGAACAUGGCCUGGCAGUACCCAUCACCGGGUAACAUGCAUCUUUACCAGCCCUUUCCCGGACACAUGUAUGGGCAAGGGUACAGUCCUCAGCAGCAGAUGUAUUACUAUCACCAAGGGAUGAUGCCCGGAUACGGACAACCUUUUAAUCCACAGCAGAUGCAGCAGCAGCCGCAACAGCAACCACAACAGCAGCAGCAGCAACAACAACAACAACAACAUCAGCAUCAACAUCAACAUCAACAACAAAUGCCUCAAAAUAAUCAGGGAAAGCCGCAAGGACACCAACAACCGCCGGUACCGGGAACUCCAAUCCCUCUUGAUGAUGAUGCAGAGUUACCACCUUUACCCCCAGGGCCACCUCCGCCAACACCCUCCGCUGUGCAGCAUAAUCAACAACCUCAACAACCGAUGCAGCACCAACCUCCGUUCAUGUACAACUCAUUUCCUUAUGGUAAUUGGAACAACGGAGCACAGAAUGAUCCUUCUCAGUUCAACGGUCAAAUACGGUUUAAUUUGCAAAACAAGAAGACGGGCCUUGGUUUUACGCCAUUAUCGAACAGUGGUGCGGCUAAGAAAAAGAGGCGAAAAAAUAAAAACUCAGCCGCACAAUUCAACAACUUUCAGGGAAACAACAAUAGUACAGCAACGAGUUAUCCGUCGUUGGUGAACCCAAAAGUGGAAUUGCCGCCUUUACCACCGGUUCAGAAGGAGACACCGAACGUUGCGUUACCACCAUUGCCGAGCGUCGAAAAACCGGUAGAGCCUGCUCCACCCGCUCCCGUUAAUCCAAUUGCUUCACCCGUCACCAUCGGUAAGCCCACGGUAGGUACACCAACGAAUUCUGCGAGUCAAAAUCCCGUGGGUGACUGGCCUGACAGCCUGAAGAACUACGUGAAUCGUUGCUACGAGAAAUGUAAAACUGCGGUCGACAAGGAUCAGGUUGAAAUAAUAUUGAAGGGUAAAAUAACACGCGCGGCGAAUGAUGAUUCUUUAUGGGUAAAGGAUUGGGACAAAGAACAAUUACCGAGUAUACACAGCGAACGUAUGACAAUGACGAUUAAAUCGCAACAAACUUCACCGAACAAAGUAGUAGGAAAUUCACUGACGAGUGGUGGGCAGGGAGGCUUGCGCAAGCCGGGCCUUUCGACUUCGCUCGGGGCCAGGCUGGGCGCUCGUCUCUCUGCUGGUGGACAUCGGAGAUCCAAAUCCCGUACAAGAUCACGCUCGAGAUCGCACAGUCCACCCGCAAGAAAAUAUCGUCGUAGCACAUCCUCUUCGUCGAGCGAUCGUAAUUACGAUCAUAAAUCGUCUAAGACGAAAAAAUCCAGUCGCAGCAGCAAACCCAAUCACAGUACCAAGAAAACCAAGAAGACUAAGCAGACUAAGUCACAUUUCUAUUCCGAAUUUGGUUUAGCUACAGGAAAUACCGACGAAUUGGGUAGUAAGGAAAAAUUGCAACAACGGGCCGCACGCUUUCACGAUUUUACAUCCAAAAAUAGCAGCAGCAGUAUCAAGGACGACUCCACAUCGGACUUUGACUUCACCGGGCUUCACAUUAUCGGUACAUGCAGAGAUAUUGAAAAGCCCUAUCUACGUCUCACCUCGGCUCCAGCUGCAUCCGCAGUGCGUCCGGUAAGUGUACUCCAAACAUCACUGGCACACGUGAAGAAACGUUGGGUAGCAGAACAGGACUAUAGAUACGCUUGUGAUCAACUUAAAUCUAUACGACAAGAUCUUACCGUUCAAGGAAUUCGCGAUUCUUUUACUGUUCACGUUUAUGAAACUCAUGCGCGCGUAGCUCUUGAGAGGGGCGAUCACGAGGAAUUCAAUCAGUGCCAGACGCAAUUGAAAAUGCUCUAUCAGGACGUCGGCGGUGAGAAUCGGUGCGAGUUCGUAGCUUACCGGAUUUUGUAUUAUAUAUUCACCAAGAAUACUCAAGACUUAACCACAAUUUUGGCUGCGCUUAGCCAAGAAGAUAAAAAAGACGAGUGCGUGCAGCACGCUCUAAAAGUACGAUCGGCUUGGUGGCUCGGAAAUUAUCAUUCUUUCUUUGAGCUUUAUCGAGCCGCACCCCGUAUGGCUGCCUUUUUGAUAGAUUGGUUCAUCGCUAGAGAGCGCAAAAAUUCCCUUAAGCAGAUGAUUAAGUCCUACCGGCAAAAUUUGGCUGUUGAUUUCAUCGUAUCGGAAUUGGCCUUUCAAUCUGCCGACAAAUUUUAUGAAUUUGUCACUGAGUUUGGGUUGAUUUAUGCCGAUUCCGAGAGGCAGCAACUCGACUGCAAGGCGAGCAGUGGUUCCCUAGGUCUUUGGUAAACCGGCGAGAUAUCAUUUUCUUCUUGAUCGAAGACAGGGGAGGGUGGAAAAAGUAAAUGCCUUCCUUCUCGUUUAAUCAAUUCAACUGUGCGUCCUGCACCACGCACAUUGUAUAUAUGUACAAAGAAUGUGUACUGAUACAAAAAAGAGGCGUUUUAUGUAUAAACGUAUGUAUAUACAUGGAUAUAUUUAUAUAUAUUGUAUAUAAGCUGUUAUAUAUACAUAUAUAUACAUACAUAUAUACCAUGUUCAACCUUUUGGCAACUCGAGAGCUCUUCGUCGUUUUCUUCAUUCUCUGAGGGCCAAGGCCACGAGAAAUUUUAUUUUUUCUUACGCAUCAUUCACGAAAGAGCUGCAGCUCGAAAUUGAAUUCGUCGUAUGAUGAAAGUUGCUCGAUCCGAAGAUCCGGACACGUCGGCACAAGCAACUUAAUCUCUUCAUCAAUUAAGACGAUCAACUGUACAUUAUUAUUUACGGAAAACAAUAAUUGGGCUGUACAACAAAAACAUAUGAACCCACUCAAUGAAUUCAGAGUUUGAAAAAGGACUCCAAUCGAAUAACUUCGAAGACGACGGAACGAACUCGUUUAUAUCGUUAUCGUAUCGAAAUCGCCUGGGACGGCAAGGGACUUCUUCUAUAUACUCUUUCAUGUGCUGCGUGUAUUUUUCACGUUAGCCUUUUCGCUCGUGACGUUUUUUCGAGGAAAAACUCGCAAAGGCUCCCCGUAUUUUUCGUAUCGUCUCUAUCCCGAUACGAAAAUUCAAUCAAUUUUAAUUCGUCGGAUGAAACGUUAUCCUUCAAAAGCUUCAUUAUAUGGAAAAACCAAACGGUUUUUUCACCCAAAAAAUUUCAUCUCGUCUCGAGUCUCUCCCAGUUGGACUAAUGCCCCGGAGACACGUUUUUUACACAAAAUUUCUCACACAUUGACCCCUCUAUACACACAUACAUACAAACAGAAUGAGUGAGAGAAAGAACAAAUUAUUUUACGGACAACACCGACAACGAGCCUGACCAGUAGCUGUGACCUCAAAAAACUCCGCUGCACAAAAUUCAUUUUCCAAGGAUUCAAGACGAGAAGAUCGUGGCGUCGGGUCUUCAGAGAUUGGCAAACAAUUUGCUCCCUCCCGAGGAUCAUCGCUUUAUUUACCAUACUUCGAGAAGAACUACGUCCAAUCCAGUGAAACCCCAUUUCUCGUGGAAACCAAAUGAAAACAAAAUUCUUUUUAUUGACUUUACCGGCAUAAAGCAAUCCCAGUGUUAUCAGUUUUUCGAAAUCAGAUAACGAGUGAUCAAAGGAAAUGAGUUUCAAACAAAAGUGAAUCUAUAUCUACGGAGGAUUAUCAACCGGAGACGGCAAGCUCAGUCGAGGGUGGAAGAAGUUCGGUACGUCCCAUUAUGAAGAAAUGACAGACGACGCGGCGAGGCGGAAAGCAGCGGUGUCCAUGCAUCACAACAAUCAUUGUAUUUCUUUUUUUCUUUUCAAACGAAUCAUCUUGUUGCCCAAUAAAUUAUUAACAUUUUUUUACACGA